AUGGCCUCGACAGCGUCCCUCCUGCUCAAGGGAGGCACCGUUCUGCAGCACCAAGCCGACGACAAAGUCGCCGUGCUCAAGAACACCGACAUUCUCAUCCAGGGCAACAAGAUCGCCUCGAUCGGUGCCUCGCUAUCUGCUCCGCGAGGUGCUAAAGUCAUUGACUGUACGGGCAAGAUCGUCUCUCCGGGCAUGAUCGAUACGCACAAUCAUCUAUGGCUCACACAAAUGAAGGCUCGCCAUGCGGAGCACACCCUCCUCGAGUACAUCUACAAGGGGAACAUGCAGUCGUUCAAUUUCGAUGCCGAUGACAUGUUCUGGGGCCAACUGGGCGGGUGUCUUGAGUCGAUCGACGCGGGGACUACCACUGUCGUCGACUUUGCACAUCUCACUUACUCAGCCAACCAUGUGAACAAAGCUGUCAGUGCGACCAUCGCGUCUGGUCUACGCUCUUUCUUCUGUUAUGUGCCCAUUAUGCGUCUCAAGCAAUGGGAACCCAUGGCUCCCGACACGGACUUCCUUCCUGGCUGGUUGUACAGCCAGAUUGAGAGAUUGGCCAAGGCGCAACCCUUUGGAAAUGGUAGGGUGAUGCUCGGUUUUGGAUAUGAUUUGUGGAUGCUUCCCAAAGAGACAGUCGUGGACUUGUGGGAGAAGGUUCGUGGCUGGGGGGUUAAUUUAUUGACCACCCAUUAUUGCAGAAAUCGCAUUUUUGGCUUACAAUCGGUACCGAGCAUACUUAAGGACUAUGGCCUUCUCAAAUCCGAUGUGCUGGUCGCGCACGGCUCACAGGCUUUGCAGGAGGACGGGAAGCUGUUGACAGACGCGGGCGUCUAUGUUGCUGCUACCCCAGAAUCUGAGGGCCAAAUGGGACUGGGACUCCCAGUGACCUUCCGCAAGGGAUUCCAGGUUGCUCUGGGCGUAGACUGCCACUUCAUCGGUCCUCCUGACCUGCCUGCUCAAAUGCGCCUUGCACUCCAGCUCGCUCGCGCAACACACAAUCAAGCCAUCCUCGACUCUGACAAGUUUCCGCACAAAACUGUUGGCAACUCUGCUUAUGUGUACAACUUGGGUACCAUCAAUGGCGCUCGCGCAGUGAACAUGGAACACCAAAUCGGAAGUAUCGCUGUCGGAAAGUUGGCAGAUCUGGUCAUCUAUGACGCUAUGAGCCCAACGAUGUUGUGUGCCGCGGAGGAGGAUCCUGUGACGGCCAUCGUGAGACAUUCAACCAUCCGUGACGUCGAGACGGUUAUUAUCGAUGGUGUGGUCAGGAAGUCGGCAGGGAAGCUGGUCCCAAUAUGCUUGAAAAUGGAAGAGAGUGCUGAAGAUGACUUCACUCCACCGGCCAGCAUCGCUUCUUCUGCGACCUUGACCUGGGCCGACGUUGCAAAGGGUAUCAUGAAGAGUAGAGAAAAGGUUAUUGCGAAGAUUGCGGGAAUGGACAUGAUUUCGGCCGAGAAGAGCGUGAUAGGAGCCUUUCAAGUCGACCCGAACAUCUUGGUCUCAUGA